GAUUCCCAAAAAACUCCCGUCAAGCUUGCUAGAGUCAUCAAGGUUCUCGGCCGUACUGGUUCCCGUGGUGGUGUUACCCAGGUCCGCGUCGAAUUCAUGGACGACACCGCCCGUAGCAUCAUUCGUAACGUCAAGGGUCCCGUCCGCGAGAACGACAUUCUGUGCUUGUUGGAAUCCGAACGUGAAGCUCGCCGUCUCCGUUAAAAACAAACGUUAAAAUCGAUGCGAUCGCAAACAACGAUUCGACCUUAUCAUUCCGCAACGUUUUUUUCUCUCUUUUCCAGUACACCACAUAACGCACUACACUAGCAACAACAACAGCAGCAGCAGCAUACGCGCGCUCUCUCUCUCGCAGCAAAAUCGCAUGGAGUUUUU